AUGGCCGAAUCGACAACAGUGUCUAAUAUGGACCAAUUUCCGACAUCACAGUCUUCUUCGUCAUACAGUCCGCUGUGUGUAGGUUACGACAAACUGUAUGCUAAAUCUUAUCAUUUUGACUUUCUCUUGGGCUCCAAAGCAGAAGAUCGUUCCAGCUGGACUGUUAAUUGGUUCAUUGAGAGAAAUAUAAUAGGAGAAAUGAAAGAGCAUGAUAAAGCGUUACAGCUAUCAAGUGCAAACAUCAUAACAGUCUCAAAACAGAGAACAUCAUACAGUUUCGAACGUAUUCAUGGACUGCGCCAUACACUUCUUACAUUACUCUCUUGCUUUGACCCAUCCGUCAAGCCAAUUUUGGCGGAGAUGCGUCGAUUGUUAUCAGACCGGAAGUCUUUGAGAAAGCUGCCCUUGAUUGCCGUUGUGGCUAGUGGUAGCAAUGACUCUCUGGGUGGCUGGUCGAGAAUACGGGCGUUCAACAAGUUGCCAGUCACGAAUCUGAUGUUGAGACGCUCGGGGGCUAUUCGUAGUGAGUUUAAUAUAAGGAAUGAAUCUGUUGAAGGCCCAAAAAUUGAUUUCGUCGGCGAUAAAUCCACAGUUGGUGAUUUCCUGGCAGAUGCAGCUAUGAAAUCUCAGAAGGAAUGA